AGGAAACAUGGUGGAGUGGUGCUUACCUCAAGAUAUUGACCUCGAAGGUGUUGAGUUCAAGUCUAUGGCCAGUGGGUCCCAUAAAAUUCAGUCCGAUUUCAUCUAUUUCCGAAAGGGGCCCUUCUUCGGCCUGGCCUGUUUUGCCAACAUGCCUGUGGAAAGUGAGCUGGAACGCGGUGCACGGAUGAAGUCUGUGGGCAUCCUCUCUCCCUCCUACACCCUGCUCUACCGGUACAUGCACUUCCUGGAGAACCAAGUUCGACACCAGCUGGAGGUGCCGGGACAUUACUCUCAUCUCGCUGCAUUCUAUGAGGACAAGAAAGGGGUGCUCCAUGCCGGCCCUGGGAGAGGCAGCAGCCUGCCCCCUGUCUACUGGCUGCCGUCUAUCCACCGAUACAUGUACCCUGAGAUGAAGAUCACACACCCAGCUGGCUGCAUGUCUCAGUUUAUUAAGUUCUUUGGAGAACAGAUCCUCAUCCUCUGGAAAUUUGCCUUACUUCGAAAGCGCAUUUUGAUAUUUUCUCCUCCUCCUGUGGGCGUCGUGUGCUACAGAGUGUACUGCUGCUGCUGCCUGGCCAACGUCUCGCUGCCCGGCAUUGGGGGCACCAUCCCCGAGUCCAAGCCUUUCUUCUAUGUGAACGUGGCUGACAUCGAGAGCCUGGAGGUAGAGGUGUCCUACGUGGCCUGCACCACAGAGAAGAUCUUCGAGGAGAAGCGGGAGCUGUACGACGUCUAUGUGGACAACCAGAACGUGAAGACGCACCACGACCGCCUGCAGCCGCUGCUGAAGAUCAACAGUGCCGACAGGGAGAAGUACCGGCGGCUCAACGAGCAGAGGCAAAUGCUGCUGUAUUCCCAGGAGGUGGAAGAAGACUACAACCCUUGCGAAGAGGACCUGUUUGUGCUGUUUUUCCUGGAGCAAAACAACCGGAUAUUUCAGACUUUGUUGGAGGUGUCGGCCAGCCAAGACAAAACCCUCACAGCAGAGCACGCCCGGGGCAUGGGCCUGGACCCCCAGGGAGACCGGAGCUUUCUUGUGGACCUGCUGGAGGCCUAUGGCAUCGAUGUCAUGCUGGUCAUUGACAACCCCUGUUGCCCGUAGAAGGGCGAUGCAGGAUUGGGGAAGCACUUUCACGUGGGGGAAGGCAGCCUAGAUCACCCCAGGCCUCCAUAGGGCCUCGCUUUUAAAGAAGUUGACCUGAGGAAUAUUGUUUGUACUUUCCAACAAAUGUGAUUUUUGCAAUUUCCUUCCCUCCCUUUUUCCCUGGAGGUAAAGUGAGGUUGCCUUGGUUCUGUGUCCUGCUUCGGUAAGACACUGGAAUCUGCCACUUUUCUCCCAGAGCUGCUUGCUCUUGGGGUCUGGUCUUAGGAGUUUGAUCUUAGGAAUGGGUUGCGCCCUAGAGACAGGCUUGGAUAGCCGGCUCGGAAAGGCUGUGGUGCGUAUCCCCGGUGUGUUCAGUUCCACAGCCGUCUGCCCAGCGCAGCCUCAGGUGUCCACCUGCCUAAAGGUGGAGAUAGACCCGAUGACCUCUCCAGGUCUUUACCAGUUCUAGGAGUCAGUUUCCUUGGGAUCAAUUCCCGUUUCCUUUUCACGAGGUAGGUUUUCUCUGUUCACUUGAGUAAGGACCAAGAGGGACAAAAGGAUGUGUCUGAAGGACCAGUCAGCUGCAGACUGACACUGCAGAGGGAAGCCCUGGAACUUCUCUGCAAGCACGUUAAUGGUGUGGACUUCCACACUAGUCCUCGUCCUCGAGCCCCUCCUCUUGGGUUGGGCCUGCACAUUCCUUGGCCAGUGCUGACCCUGGUGUUCGCAAACUCAUUUUACAGUGGAGUCUCCGAAGGGCUAACCAUCCUCUUAGGGUAAAAUGCGUUGCCACCUAAGGGUUGAGAGGGUGAAGUUCAAGCAGGAUAGAGCAGAUGCUGUAAAUUCUCCCCUCGGAUGAGAGUUCCUCAAGGCAUUACUGGCAGUGUCUCAGGGUUCAGGUGCACUGAGCUGAUUGGCUCAGAGCUUGGAGCAUGGUGUUAACAAGGCUGUUGUCAGUUUGGAGUUUUCACAGACUUCUUGUUAGCAGAGAUGACAUUCCUUAGCUGACAAAAUGAGUCCAGAAACCUGACAAGUUUGUGAGAAUGAAAGUUUAGCAGUGCCUCUCUGCCAGGAUGGUGGGCUGUCAGAAAUGCCAAUGUCAGAAACCACUUCAGCUGCUUUCCUACUGCAGCAUUUGGUCUGGGUGGAUCCUGUUCUCCCUGCUGGGCCAUUGGAUGGGGCAGCUUAGGUGAGACAGCAGUCGUCGGCCAUGAUCAGAAAGCCCACACUCAGUAGAGUGUAGGUCAUCUUGGCCAUAGUUGAAGAUUUUUGACUCAACAUACUGAGUCGUUAAUGACUAAGAAUUCCUUCCCUUUCACCCUUCCUGCCCUGCUGACCCAGGCCCACCCAGGCUAAUGUAGACUGCAGAGAGGUAUCAGCUUCAAAUGGAUUGUCCCAUGUCUUAUCUCAAGACUCAGCUCUUAGGGCUUACUGAUUUCUUCAGAAGUAUUUUCACUGUGGUUCCUUGAUAUGGAAUUCAAGACCGAAGAAAUUCACAUGUGUGGAAAUGCAAACAGAUACUGUUUUAUCAAGGUGGUAUCUUUUAUGUAAAUAUAUAAAUAAGUUUGGGCAUUGAAACGUAAGUAGUAUGACUAAUACAUCUUCCUCCUCUGUGGUCUGGGUUUAGGCAUUGUUUCAGUAAUGUACUUGUUUACAAAAGAAAAAAAUCUGUGUUUAGAGGCAGAACCUUCACCUUUGUUUCCCCUUUAUGAGUAACCUUUUCCUCCCGCCUCUCAUGAACUAAGGGAGACUUUCUGUCUUGGGUCAAGUAAUGGCUACUUUUGAUGUAUCUUAAGGUUUAGGGUUUUCUGAAUUGAAGAAGAGUGAUUAGAGGGAGGUGUAGAGGGCCGUAGAAGAGGCUCGAUUCUCCUGGAGGACAAAGGCAAACCCUCUUUCUCUGGAAUUGGAGGAUUCACACUUUGAGCAUAUUGGCUCUGGAACCAUCUACUUGUGAAUACUUCCAUUUCUCCUGUGCUGUUUGAACUCCAGGCUCAGAAGUGCUGAUGUAAAGGUCACAGGAUGAGAAUGAGGUUCCCCAUAUUUUCCUUUGAAGGGUGAUUCAGGGCUUCUGGUUCCUUGUAACCACGUGUCAUUCUAGGUAGCUGUCUGUCUGGCCUGUGUCCCUGCUCCUGCUCAUGCAGAGGGCCAGGGUAUGGCUGGCCCUGAAGGGAAACUAUACCACUAGGCAGUGCAUGGUCCCUGGCAAGCAGAAAUUCUCUAUUUAAGAGGGAACCCGAGGAUCAGUCCUUCUUCCCUGUCUGCCAGCUUCCUCACAGGGCCAGGCUCCAGCACAGAGCCUCUGGGAGCUGAGCAGGGUGGGUCAGCUCCUCAGUCACUUUUGGUGAUGUCAGUUGUCCUCAGCGUGGGCCUUGUCUGGUCCUCAUGAAAGCCUGCGUCAUAGUGCUUGCUCCUUCACGUGAGAAGUGAGCGUGUACCACCAACACCAUUGCUGCCAUCCUGUGAGGGCAACUAAUAUGUAAAGUUCCAGGCCGGAGUCCCUCAACAGUGACAGCAGAAGCCUGUGUACACCUGCUUUCUGUCACUCUUGAAAUAUUUUCUGAGAAACCAUCCAUUUUUGUUCAGAAGAAGGUGGUGAAAAACUCUCUGCCAGCCUGUCUGCUGUUGGCAUCACUGGUCCCCUGCCUAAGGUGGCAGAGUCCUGAGGAGCUUUAUGGCUGACCUUGUGCCACACUGUGAACCAUGCCCUAGCUUGGAAGUACUCUCCAAUCUGUGAUGCUGGGGCUGCCCCAUCCUUCCUGGAAGAUCCCCUGUGGAGACUAGGAUACAGGCUUGGGGUUUGGUGGUAUCCGUGUAAAACUGACAAAGGCCUCAGCAGAUACAGUAAUAUUCAGCCUUCAGGAAAAUGUCCAGUUGUCACCUGGCUAAAGACUCUUUUUCUAUAAAAUAUCAGAAAUAAUAGGGUUUUUCUCCUGCCAGACUAGGAAGUAUUGGCUAGACCGUUGCUUUAGAACAAGCUCUGGCUUGCGUGAAGCAUUCCCUGUCCUUCCAGGAUCAGUGUCUGGUCUGGAGCCUUUGGUCCUCAGUAGAUUAUGGAGUGAGUGGGAAGCUUUUGCCUCCCAAGUCUAUCAUCCAUUUUGGCAUUUCUUCAUCUAUCUGUCUGGGGGGGCGGGGGGUAAGGAGGCUGAAUUCCUUGAUGUAUCAGUAGAAAUAAUUUAGCAUAGGAAUUUGCAUCUGUAUCUUACUUUAUUUCGUUGCACGUGAAGACCAAGUUGAGAAAGUGAGGAGUGACCAUAGGUACAGAUAAUUCCAGAUGCCAUAUGCAAAAACUCACUUAUCAUGGAACUACCUAUGAUAUUUUAGCUAAAAGAUAAGAUAAAUUACAUUACGACUAAAUCAUUGUUUUCCAUUCUGGCAGCUAUGAAGAUGAAAUUGCUUUUUAUUUUGAUUCAGUGAAAGCCCUUCAAACACAAUAAAAAGAAAAUUAUUCACCUUCCAUCGGAGGCCUGCAGGGAGCCUUUUGUAAAGGGCAGUAUGAAUGAACCUUUUUGUGGUAGGGUAUCAGCCUUCCAAGAAAAGGCAGAGACUUCAGGGCCCACUUUUUUCCCUUUGUGUAGCCCAAGGAGUGGAUUGAGAUGUUUUCUCUGGUCCCAGUGGAUGUCAUCCUUGGAGAGGUAAAGGCAGGAGCAAAGGGUAUGGAUGAUAAAAUUUUAAGAUAACGCUCAGCUUAAUAUCAUGUGAGCUUGGCUUAGCAUAGUGACAGUUCUAAAAUGGGCAAGAAAAUGAAUAUGGGGACCAACAUGCCAUGCUUGGGCUUUCAUCUCCAUAUUAGGUCCCAGCUCGUGGGCUUGGGACCUAGAACACCCAGCCCUCUGUCUUAUCUUCUCCACUGCACCUGGUAGUUAACCCCCGAGGUGAGAGUCUGCAGAGCCAAAGGCUCACCUCCCCUUGGCAGGCCCAGUCCUGUUCCUUCUCAUUUCAGGAAAGCCCGUUUAUGAUUCAGGUAGGGGGGGAGGAGGAGUUGGGGCUCCUUUUACUCCCAAGUCAUGGGUUUUUAAUGUCCCAUUUUUAUUGCUAAUAUACCUCUGUUUCCAGAAGCUACUGGAGCACUGAGUGUUGUGGAAAAAGGCUAACUGUGAAUUACAUUCAUGUUUUUCUUAUAAGAAAUGGGAGUUUAUUUUUAUAUCCAUAUUAUUAUGUGAUGAAGCGAGUAUAAAGACAUUGAAGUGGAAGGAAAUUACAAACUAUAAUCCUAGAGGAAAUGGGAAGUAUUGUAAUUUCACAGUGGCCACGACCCCAUAGAAGUUUACUAACUGAGGUUUUGGCGCAUGAACGACACUCUUUAGGAGAUAAACUUGACGGGAUGACAUAGAAAUAACCUUAAGUAGACCUCUAGAACAAAAGAGGAUACGCAGGAUCAUUCUGCUUGUCGGGCCUCUUAGUCAACUAGAGAGCAUGGGGAGAGGGGAGAUAGUUGGAUGAUGCACUUUAAUUCAUUUUUGGAACUGGAAUUUAGGGGUAGUUGGAAGAAAUUACAAAUUUAAAAAGGGAGUAAGAAUUUUCUAGUGCUGCACAGAUAAUGAUCAUAGAGAAAUAAAACCCUGCUUUCACCUUUUUUUAGAGUUUAUUCUAGAAUUUUACCAUAGCAGGGGUUUUUAGAGCUAAUAGACCCUAAAGUCAGAAAUUUAGUCACUAUGAUAGGAUAGGUGCGCGUUGCUUUUGUUUGAAUAAAUUUACUUUGCUUCCUAAUGACGGUAGGGGAAUGUGGGAGUAAGGUAGGGUGGGAUAAAGUAGCCAGAGGUGGUCCCCAAAACAAAAAACACGCGGGCACUUGAGUUAGCUGGUUGCAAAUAUGCUUAUUUGACAUUAGAGUGACAACUCCUUCCUUUGGGUAGAUUAAGCAAAGAUGAACUGUGUAAAAAUUGUUUGAAGGUGGCAUGAAGAGGAAAGAGUGUGGGCCUAGCAGUCUAUGGAGACUGUGCUUCUGAGCAGCCUGGGUGGGUGACCACAGGUAGAUGAGAGGGCGGAAAACGAACUCCCUUUAUUUACCCAAAGCUAGGUAUAGGUCUGGGAAAGAAACCUUUUCCUAAAAAAGAAAUAGUUACAGCCUUGGAAAAACUGUUUUCUUGUUUUAUCCAGGUUAGGGUCAGUAUAGCCUGCCUGUCGCCUUAAGUGUAAAAAC